ACCAUUCGCGGUAGGACGCCUGGCACAUCUGCACGAGUGUCGACCAGCAACCCGACCAGCGCCGCGCAAUCUAUGGAUCGUUCGACAUUGAACAGUAAUCAUCCCAACAGGAUUGGAACCAUUGGAAUUUGCGCAUUAGAUUCCAAAGCCAGAAGCAAGCCUUCUAGGAAUAUCCUCAACCGACUCGUUGGUAAGGAUAAUGAAUUCGAUGUUAUCAUCUUCGGAGACAAAGUCAUCCUCGACGAGAAUGUCGAGAAUUGGCCGGUUUGCGACUUCCUUAUAUCCUUCUUCAGCGAUGGCUUUCCCUUGGAAAAAGCUAUUGCAUACGCUAAGCUGCGUCGACCUUUUUGCGUAAAUGACUUACCAAUGCAAACUGUGCUGUGGGAUAGACGCAUGUGUCUGAUGAUAUUGGAUAAGCUGGGUGUACCGACACCAGAACGCCUUGAGGUCAAUCGCGAUGGUGGGCCAGUCGCACUGACGGCCGACAUUGCCGCACGAAUGAAGCAGCUUACUCAGGUCGAAUUGAUUGGAUCUGAAGACGGCCGCGGUGGUGGCUGUCCACCUCCCAUGGAUGUACACAUGGAAGAAGAUAACGAUACUCUCGUGGUAGAUGGCAAGAAAUUGCGCAAGCCUUUCGUUGAAAAGCCCACCAGUGGUGAAGACCACAAUAUCAACAUCUACUAUCCUAAAUCUCAAGGUGGAGGCGGUCGACGACUCUUCCGGAAGAUCAACAACAAAUCCAGCGAAAAGGACAGCAGCUUAGUCAUUCCCAAGGCCAUAACGGAACCAGAUGGAUCGUACAUCUACGAGCAGUUCCUUAAGGUGGAGAAUGCCGAGGAUGUGAAGGCCUACACGGUCGGCGAAGACUUCUGCCAUGCUGAAACCCGCAAGUCUCCCGUGGUGGAUGGUGUUGUCAAGCGUAAUCCGAAUGGCAAGGAAAUCCGCUACGUUACGAAGCUGACUGCCGAAGAGCGCGUCAUGGCUGCCAAGAUUGCAAGAGGAUUUGGUCAGCGAGUGUGUGGAUUUGACCUUCUCAGAGUCGACAAUCAGAGCUUCGUAAUCGAUGUCAAUGGCUGGAGCUUUGUCAAGGAUAACAAUGACUACUACGACAAUGCUGCAAGAAUCCUCAAGGGCAUGUUCAUCAGCGAGAAGAUGAAGUGGGAUGGACGCGCGACUCCGGUCGAGCCUGAAGAUCCAGACCAUGGACGAAUGAUGCUGCCACCAACUUCCGGCGAGGCUCCGACUAGUGGUCAUCGUGGGGCGCUCAAAGACGUCUUGAGAAGUAGAAGCAUCUCUCAGCUCCGCGACCAUGUCCAUCAUGCAGCUCACAAGGUCGGACAUCCACAUUCGAUCAAAAGCCCAAGCGGUACAACUAGUCCAAUCACAUCCCCAUCGACUUUGGAGCGUGAUCUAGAGCGCUCAGGAUCUUUGCGUAGCCGUGCGCGGUCCCUACACAACGAUAAGAGCGAGCAUGUUCUACCUCCACCCGCUGUGCCGUCGCACAUCGACAACCUCAAAAAUGAAGAAAAUGCACCUUCUAUACUCCCAGCUCCAGCCGCGAAAAGCCAGUGGAAGCUGAAAGGUAUGGUGGCAGUCAUCAGACAUGCUGACCGUACGCCAAAGCAGAAGUUCAAGUUCACUUUCCAUACCAAGCCUUUCGUCGACCUCCUGAAGGGUCAUCAGGAAGAAGUUCUCCUCGUCGGCGAAGCCGCGUUGCAUAGUGUCCAGCAAGCCGUGCGCCAAGCCAUGUCGGAAGGUGUCGAAGAUAUGAACAAGCUACGCACGCUCCAGAACGCACUUGCCAAGAAAGGCGCUUGGCCGGGGACCAAAGUCCAAAUCAAGCCCAUGUUCAAGAAGCCGAAGGAGGGCAAAGACGAGCAGCAAGACGAGAAUCAGAAGGAUGGUGAGGAUGAGCCGACGAGACCGGUAGAGUUUGCUGAGGUCAACGACUCGACAGGUCCACCAGGAGCGCGAGCUAUGUCGCGGAGUGAUUCUAUACCGGAGAUCACUAUGUCGCGACACGCUGCUGCUGAUCAGAAUCUCGUGUUGGACAAGUUGCAGCUCGUCAUGAAAUGGGGAGGAGAGCCCACGCACUCUGCGAGGUACCAAGCAACAGACCUUGGCGAGAACAUGCGUAACGACAUGCUGCUUAUGAAUCGUUGCGUCCUCGACGAUGUAUCCAUAUAUACAUCAUCUGAGCGCCGAGUGACGACCUCUGCGCAAAUCUUUGCUGCGGCCUUCUUGGAGCAAAAAGAGGUCGAGCCCGAGCAGAUCCGUGUGCGUAAGGACCUGCUCGAUGAUUCAAACGCAGCCAAGGAUGAGAUGGACAGAGUCAAGAAGAAGCUGAAAGGCCUGCUUCGUAAAGGGCAUCAGGCUCCAGAGCAGUUUGCUUGGCCAAAAGAUGGCACGCCAGAGCCAUAUCUCGUCGUGCGCCGCGUCGUGGAAUUAAUGAAGUUUCAUCGCAGAGUCAUGCGAUACAAUUUCACUAGACUUCGAGGCUCAGAAGCUGUGUCUACCAAGAGUCCUUCGCCUUCUUCCAAAAACGGCACAGACAUCUCAUCGACCGAAGCUCAGGCAAACAUCAUUCAGCCACGUUGGUGCACAGGGGAAGAUGCUGAGCUAUUCAAGGAGCGAUGGGAAAAGCUAUUUAACGAAUUCACGGAUGCCGAGAAGGUCGAUCCUAGCAAGGUCAGCGAGCUCUACGACACCAUGAAGUUCGAUGCUCUUCACAACAGGCCUUUUCUCGAAUGGGUGUUCACUCCUAGCCAAUCGAUCUUGAGCGAAGACGAUGAAUCAGAAGCUGGAGGUUGCCUAAAGCGUACCGAAAGUCAGAACAUGCGAGAGGACGCUGAUCUCAUGGCUGCUACGAAGAACUUGGCCGUUCCUCCAGCUGGCGCACCUGCUACAACUGCCUCCGAGGAUCCAUCAGCAAGCUAUUUCAAUCUUUACAAGGGCAAUGUACAAGCAGCACAGAGCAAAGUCAAGAACGAUCUGCGAUUGGAGAAAUUGAACGAGCUCUACAAGCUAUCAAAAGUCCUGUUCGAUUUCAUCGGUCCUCAGGAGUACGGCAUUACAGACACCGAGAAGCUCGAGAUUGGUCUUCUUACGUCCUUGCCUCUACUUAAGGAGAUUGUCAAAGAUUUGGAAGAGGCCCAAGCUUCUGACGACGCCAAGUCGUUCAUCUACUUCACCAAAGAAUCGCAUAUCUACACGCUCCUCAAUUGCAUUCUGGAAGGCGGCAUUCAGACCAAGAUUGCACGCAAUGCCAUUCCUGAGCUUGACUACCUCUCUCAGAUCUGCUUCGAGCUCUACGAAUCCGAAGACCCCGAAGCUUGUGCCUUGAAUGAUCCUCAAGCACCAUACACAUACAGCAUCCGCAUCACGAUAAGCCCCGGCUGUCAUACAUUCGAUCCCCUUGAUGUGCAACUUGACAGCAAGCACUGCAUUGGCUGCGCUCCUCGCCGAUCCUUGACGGCGCACGGUGAAUGGAAAGAGGUACUCCAGACACUUCGCGACAAAUUUCAGAUGGUGAAGUUGCCGAAAUCCUUCACGGCGAUCAAUCUAUCCGAGCGUCAC